GCUGGGUCAGGAUCCUGGGAUGCCCUCCCUCAGGGACACUGGGGGAGGUCUCCCCCUCUAGCUGAGUGCCCACCCUGCCCGUUUUCCACCUUCCCAACCCAGAGUGACUCACCCUCCGGCAGGGAAAACGAAACUGAUGUGAAAGCUCUCUCUCUCUCUCUCCAGUGCGAUUGGCUUGCAAAGUUAGAAACUUUCAUUUCCUGCUGUCGACAUCAGCGAAGGGGGCAGGGUGCAAAAAGUAGAAAAGUUUUCACCUGGGUCUGUACCCAGUGAGUCUCUGUCUCUGUCCAGGCCAGAACUUUAAAGGCAGCAGCAGCUCCUCUGGACAAUGCAUCCCUCUUCAUUCCUAUUGUGGCUGCUUCUAGGCAGCACCUCAGCGGUGAACGGGAACGCAAAGUGCAAUGGCUCCAACUGUCCAAGACCAGCCACUCUCUUACCUCCAACCAUCGUCAGUGCAAAGAGACCAGCUACUCUUGUCCCACCAACUGCAAUUGGCCCAGUGACUACCACCAAUCACACCACCCACCCUCCGGCCAAUCACACCACCCACCCUCCGGCCAAUCACACCACCCACGCUCCGACCAAUCACACCACCCACUCUCCGGCCAAUCACACCACCCACGCUCCGGCCAAUCACACCACCCACGCUCCGGCCAAUCACACCACCCACCCUCCGGCCAAUCACACCACCCACCCUCCGGCCAAUCACACCACCCACCCUCCGGCCAAUCACACCACCCACUCUCCGGCCAAUCACACCACCCACGCUCCGGCCAAUCACACCACCCACGCUCCGGCCAAUCACACCACCCACGCUCCGGCCAAUCACACCACCCACGCUCCGGCCAAUCACACCACCCACGCUCCGGCCAAUCACACCACCCGAGCUGUGUUACCCACGAGUGUGAGUCCGAGUCCGUCCCCAGAGCGAGCCAUUGGAAGGUACAAUGUGACCAACAACAAAACAGUCUGUGCGAUGGCCAAGUUAGGGAUACAAUUCCGGAUCCAAUAUCAAACUGCUAAGAAACACGCGGCCUGGGGAGUGUUCUUUAUUGAGCCCAACCGGACGGAGGCUGCUGGGAAAUGCAGCAUCGGGUCAGUCAUCAUGAACCUCACUUUCCCAGAAGGAUUCCUGACUUUCACUUUCAAGAAGGACAGCAAGCAACGAACCUUCUAUCUGAGUGGGGUUGAGAGUGAGCUGACCUACCGGUUUCCUGGUGCAGCUGGAGCCCGCCGGUACACCGCGCACAACAACAGCCUGACAAUGCUGCAGACCCACCUCGGCCAUUCCUACAGCUGCUCCAACCAAUCAGUGAGGGCCAGCAGCACCUACUGGGUCGACCUGGAGGACCAGCAGCUUCAGGUCUUCGACAUCGCCAAGGACCACCAGUUCGGAGCAGCGGAGCUGUGCCCCCAGGACAGGAAGUCACCCGUCGUCGUCAUCGUGGUGGUAGUGCUCCUGGUGAUCCUGAUCUUGGUGGUGAUCGUGGCCUAUCUCAUCGGCAGGAAGAGGCACCCAGCUGGCUACCAGAGCAUCUGACCGGGCAACACCGGGCCCCACCCCUCACCUACACCCCCCCCCCCCCCGCACCCUCACACACACACAUACACACACACCCACACAGACACCCUCACACACACACACACAGACACACACACGCACACAUCCCCCACAAUCACCCCUCCCUCCCCUCACACACACACACACACACACACACACAUCCCCACAAUCGCCCCUCCCUCCCCCCACACCCUCACACACACACACACACACACACACACAGAUCCCCACAAUCACCCCUCCCUCCCCCCACACCCUCACACACACACACACCCAACACAGACACCACACACACACACACAUCCCCCACAACCACACCCUCCCUCCCUCCCACCCACCACACCCUCACACAUAUACACCCACACAGACACCCUUACACACACACACAUCCCCCACAACCACACCCUCCCUCCCCCCCACACCCUCACACACACACACCCCCCCACACAGACACCCUCUCACACACAUCCCCCACAACCAAACGCUCCCUCCCCCACACCCUCACACACAUACACCCACACAGACACCCUCACACACACACACACAUCCCCCACAACUACACCCUCCCUCCCCCCACACCCUCACACACAUACACCCACACAGACACCCUCACAUACACACACCCACACAUCCCCCACAACCACACCCUCCCUCCCCCACACCCUCACAGACACUCUCUCACACACACACACACACACACAUCCCCCACAACUACACCCUCCCUCCCCCCACACCCUCACACACAUACACCCACACAGACACCCUCACAUACACACACCCACACAUCCCCCACAACCACACCCUCCCUCUCCCCACACCCUCACACACACACACACACACCCACACAGACACCCUCACACACACACACCCACCCA